CUUAUGCGCAAGCGUAACUAGGUCAUGUGAUGUAAAUACAACCGUACGCGGGCACCUGUCGAUCAAACGUAAUGGGAUGAAAUAGGUGAAAACAAGGUUAGCUUUUGGAUAUACCAGUAUGGAUGAGGAACACAAAUAUUUGCUCCGAAAGGCUCGACCUUUCAUUGUGCAAAAUCUUGCGGAUGUUGAAGCAGUUUGUGAUCAAUUGAUUGCUUUUGAAAUCUUGACUGAAAGUAUGGUUGACGAGAUCAUGUCAAAGCCUUCAAACGCCGGUAAAACAAGGGCUUUGUUGUCUGUAUUGGUGAUGCGCGGCCCCCAGGCAUUUGAUAGUUUUUAUGAAGUAAUGAAAAUCACCAAAAACGAGACAAUUGUUGACAUUUUAAAACCUAAAGGAGAUAAGAAAUUUCAAUCACUGCCUCGUCAUCGCCACCUUGAAUCACUCUCAACAUCAAGUGCAAAACUGGUGAGAGCAUCAUCACUUCCUGAGCAAGUUAUACCUCCUUUAUAUUCUGGUGAUCUUGGGCAACAACAUUUUAUGUCUGUCCAGCCACAAGGGCAUUUGGAUGAUACGAAGGCAGAGUAUGGUGAAUACAAUGAAUAUGGAAUGCUACUGAGUAAUCAGACAGCGAGUAAACAAGUUCUUGGUGCAACAGCUCAAGUCUCUGAACUUGGUGAUUUUAGUACUGGUGUUUUAGUUUCCGGAUUUGAACAACAUGUCAGCGGUAUUGUCUCGGAGGCUUCAAGUCAAAAAGGUGAAAUUGAUAGGGAUAUGGACAACGUCCAUCAGUCAGGUUAUGGGGAUCCUACACCAAAUGUUGAUCAUUCUUCAGACCGUUGGAGAAGUGCUCCUUCGGAUACGAUACUUCCUGUACAGUCAUUUGGUAAUCUGCGUGCCCGAUCUGAACAAGGACAUGGAGUUCAUGUUCCAAGGGAUGAUGAGCACUGUGAAAAUGCAGAAGGACAGACAUCGCUAACAAGUGAGACAGGAGACCUGGACGACAUUAAACAUGAAGGGAAUGGCUGGCCAAGGACGAGAAUACACUCACGUCCCUUGGUCGAUUUAAGUAUUCAACAACCGUGCAGUAGGCAGCAAGUGAGGCAGUUAGCUAUGGACGUUGCAAACAAUCGGGUCUACGAGUGUGAUCCAAAGUUUCAAAGACGACUUGUGAUCAUCAAUAAUUCUGUGUUCCUGCCCAGUUCAGGACUGCCACCGAGGACCACGGCAAAUAUUGAUGCAACCAGUCUUGAUCUGCUCUUCAAGAAGCUGAGUUACAGUACAAAGACUUACAGCGACUGCUCUUGUCAGAGAAUGAUGGAGGUCCUACGUGGGGAGAGUACUGGACAGAGCUUGAAUCGCCUUGACACUUUUGUUUUGGUAAUUAUGUCUCAUGGUGAAGGAGAGAAGAUAUACGGAACAGAGGGUGAAGCGAUUGACAUUGGGAACAUCACUGAACUAUUCAACGAAAAUCACUGCCGAGCUCUUCAAGGAAAACCUAAGCUAUUUUUUAUUUCGGCCAGCAGACGACAACAAAACAAGUCAAGUGGAGAGGAUUGUGCUGCAUCUGACUUGGAGAAUGUAGAAUAUGAUAGUCUAUCACUGGGCAUGCUCAACAGCCUUGUUUCCAUGACUACAGAUUCUGGAAGAACUGAACCCAGCAACAUGUUUAUUGCCAGGGCAACAACACAGUGUAAUGCAAUGUUUAAGGGUAUUUCCUUUGGGUCCCAGUUUAUUCAAGCAUUCAUUCACGUCAUCAAAGAACAUUCCUCCACACUUGACCUAAUAACUCUCAUGGAAAAGAUGAACCAACUUGUAAAACGGCCUAGUGGGAGCCCCUUUAAGCUUGUAGAAUAUACAAAUAUUCUCAGCAAAAAGUUUUAUUUUUUAGACACGAAUACAACAGCUUCCCUUGCGAUGUCAAUAUAAAGUGACUAUAUGUUUCUCUACUUGG